AUGAGCUCCAAAUUAUUUAGACUUGAUGCUGGUUAUCAACAAUACGCCUGGGGUAAGAUUGGUUCAUCUUCCGCUGUAGCCCAGUUUGCUCAUCACUCUGAUCCAUCAGUAAAGAUUGAAGAAGACAAACCAUAUGCCGAAUUGUGGAUGGGUACUCAUAAGAAUGUUCCAUCAUACAAUCAUGACACUAAGAAAGCAUUAAGGGAAAUCAUUACUGAAAACCCUGAAUCCAUGUUAGGUAAUGGUAUCAUUAAGAAAUUCCAAGCUAAGGAUGAAUUACCAUUCCUAUUUAAAGUUUUAUCCAUUGAAAAAGUCCUAUCUAUUCAAGCUCAUCCAGAUAAGGCUUUGGGUAAGAUCUUGCGUGCACAAGAUCCAGAACAUUAUCCAGAUGACAAUCAUAAACCGGAAAUGGCUAUCGCUGUUACUGAUUUUGAAGGGUUCUGUGGGUUCAAACCAUUAGAUGAAAUUGUCGAUGAAUUGAAACGUAUUCCAGAAUUGAAAAACCUUGUUGGUGAAGAAGUCUCUAGACAAUUCAUUGAAGGUGUGAAACCAAAUGCUGUUCCAGGUAGUGAAGAAGAUGCUGAUAAUAAGAAAUUGUUACAAGCUGUUUUCGGUAAAGUUAUGAACGCUUCUGAUGAUGACGUGGUCGAAAAUGCCCGUUCUUUGAUUAAGAGAGCUCACGAAAACCCAUCUGAUUUACAAAUAAAAGAUUUACCAGAUCUAUUGAUCAGAUUAAAUAAGCAAUUCCCGGAUGAUAUUGGUUUAUUCUGUGGUGGUUUGUUACUGAACCAUUGCCGUUUGAAGGCUGGGGAAGCUAUUUUUUUGAGAGCCAAGGAUCCUCAUGCUUAUAUUAGUGGUGAUAUUAUGGAAUGUAUGGCUGCGUCUGAUAAUGUUGUUAGAGCAGGUUUCACACCAAAAUUCAAAGAUGUUAAGAAUUUAGUUGAAAUGUUAACUUAUACAUAUGAUUCAGUUGAUGGACAAAAGAUGAAAGCAGAAAGUUUCGAUAGAGCUUCUGGUGCUGGUGAAUCUAUUGUUUACAAUCCACCAAUUGAAGAAUUUGCUGUUAUGGAAACUACUUUCAAGAAUGCUAUUGGUAAGAGACAAUUCAAGGGUUUGAACGGUCCAAGUAUUUUGAUAACCACCAAAGGUAAUGGCUACAUUUCUACUGAUGGUGUUAGAUUAAAGGCUGAACCAGGUUUCGUCUUUUUCAUUGCUCCAGAAACUGAAGUUGAAUUAGAAGCUGAAGACAAGGAUUUUACCACUUAUAGGGCCUUUGUUGAACCAAACUAA